AUGGUGGGCGCGGGCUCGCUGCGCGUGCAGUCGGCGCGCGCGCUUGCCGCCGGCGUAUACACGUGCCGCGCGCACAACCGCCUGGACUCCGCCGACCACUCCACGCAGCUGCAAGUGCUGACGGCGCCGCGCGUGACGCUGGGCGGCGGCGCGCUGGCGCAGGCGCGGGCGCGCGCCGACGUGACGCUGCGCUGCGAGGCGCGUGGCCGCCCGCCGCCCGCCGUCGCCUGGCUCAAGGACGGCGACCCGCUCUCGCCCAACAGCCGCGACAUCGCGCUGCUCGACGGAACGUCUCUUCGAAUCCAAGGCGUGCUGCGAGUGGACGCGGGCAUGUUCCAAUGUGCGGCCAACUCCAUCGCUGGUAGCGCUGUGGCUGCACUGCGACUCAUAGUUCUUGCGCCAGGGGACGAUAGCAACAAGUCUCAAACAUCCCAAAAAACUAAGUUACCCCCACCAAAAGUACCUCUUUCCAACACCACUCACGACAUCUUCAAUAACCUUGUUUCCUCCGGCGGUCAAGAUCCAACCUUAGAUCCAACACCCGAAGACAUAGAUUUCCUAGGCGAGACUUCGUCGGCCUACACAUCGAUUCCGGAUGUGGAAUAUGACGAUGCGUACGACUCUGAUGGUGAUAAUUCGUUUCACGCUGCCGAAGGCUUGGAUCUGGAUGAACUUGGGCAAGGGAACGCAAGUGUCGUCUCUGCGCCAAAGGGCUUAAAGGCGGUUAUCGUGAAGCACCGAUUUGUGACACUCAGCUGGGAGGAACCGGAGCAUAAGGCUGAAGAUAUAACUGGCUAUGCGGUUGUCUACAAAGUAAAGGGAAGCGAGCGUGAGCGCAUCGCCCGCGGCAACCCUCAGCGGCAUGAGAUGAACGUCGCCUCCCUGCAGCCCAACACCACCUACCAGUUCUCGGUGAUCGCAUUCACGCAGCAUUCGCACUCGCCGGCUACUGAGGUAAUAGAAGCUACGACGGCAGAGGAGGAGCUUACGUAUGGACCACCUCAAGAUGUACGAGUCGAAGCUCUAGGUCCCCACAGUAUACGUGUUUGGUGGUCGCCACCGACACAAACUCAAAAUGGUCUCGCCUCCACGGCGCCACCUACCAGAUACGCCGUGUAUUAUACUGACUCGAUCCUGGUGCGGUGGGAGGCUCCGCCCGCGCGCACGCACCGCGGGCCGUUGACCGGCUACAAGGUGCGCUACCGCGCGCCCGGCCGCCGCGCCGAGUCGCUCACCACGCCCGCGGACGCACGUCGCGCAGAGCUGCGUGGACUUGAGACCGGCACGCUCUAUCAGGUGCGUGUGUGUGCCAUCAACGCUAACGGCUCGGGCCCGUUCAGCGAGUGGGUAUCAGUUUCCACGCAGGCCCGCGAACGUAACGAAGCUCGCGUACCUUCGCCGCCACCAAAACUCACAAAGUCGAAUUCGGAGUACGUGAUUUCAUUACGAGCGAGCAACGCGCUGGGUCUGGGCCCGGCAGUUUACGCGACGGUACGCACGCGGCCCGCUUUAGCGCCGGACGAUGAACCGGAUGACGUGGACGAUCCGGACGAUCCGGAUGAUGUGGAUGAUCCAGAACACGAAGACGACCAACCACCACUUAUACCCCCAGUUGGACUUAAGGUAAUAAUGCUGAGUGGCACAACGGCUGUUGUUUAUUGGACUGACCCCACUCUGCCUAAAGGACAGACGGCUACGGACGGCCGUCGGUACGUGGUGCGGUGGUCCACGAGCGGCGGGCGCGUGCGCACGUACAACGCCAGCGACCUCAACUGCAUGCUCGACGACUUGAAGCCGUACACAACUUAUGAGUUCGCAGUGAAACUAAUCAAAGGCGGGCGCGAGGCGGCGUGGGCGAUGCUGGUGAGCAACACGACGCUGGCGGCGGCGCCGAGCUCCGCGCCGCGGGAGCUGCGCGUGGCGCCCGCCGCCCCGCCCGCCCGCGCCGCGGACCUCAGCUGGGCGCCGCCACUCAAGCAAAACGGCCCGCUCACCGGUGAAGACUGGGGAAGGCGGCGGGCUGGCGAGCGCGACGUCCGCGUGGCUGUGGGCGAGCGCGGGCGGUGCGUGUGCUGUGCUGGCACUGGCGGCCGCGCUCGCGCUGUCACUGUGCUGCCGCCGCCACGCGCCGCCGCUGUCACCCGACACCAGGUGCGCCCCGCCCCUCGCCCUUCGCCUGUAGCGUACCGUUCGGUGCUGGCGGCCGCUCUUGCGCUUUCGCUGUGCUGCCGCUGUCAUGCGCCGCCGUUGUCGCCCGACACCAGGUGCGCCCCGCCCCUCGCCCUUUGCCUGAAGCGUACCGUUCGGCGCUGGCUGCCGCGCUUGUGCUGUCGCUGUGAUGCCGCCGCUCAUGCGCUGCCGUUGUCGCCCGACACCAGCACCUAUCAAAAAGCUUCCGCGUCGGCCGCUAUCAAGCCUCCCGACCUAUGGAUACACCAUGACCAGAUGGAACUGAAGCACAUGGACAAGAGUCUGCACAGCUCCGCCAUAUCCGCGGGCAGCGUGGACGGGCCAAACGCGCUGAUGUCUUCGACGCUGACGCUGGCGCGCGCGCCGCCCGCCGAGUACGAGCCCGCGCGCCACGCUCCGCCGCCCGCCUCGCUCGACCGCCGCCACUACGUGCCCACCUACGUCGGUGAGUCCCGCCCGCUUCGCUCAACCGCCGCCACUACGUGCCCACCUACGUCGGUGAGUCCCGCCCGCUUCGCUCAACCGCCGCCACUACGUGCCCACCUACGUCGUCGUUUUAGUUUAGCCCACAUUUCGUUUUGUUUUCGGCGUACACAAAUAGAUUCGCGGCGGUCGCCAUCUUGCGCGGGCAGUGGAAGUGACGACACGGCCAUCUUGCGCGCCUCGCCCGCUUCCGGCUCCAGCUGCAGGCGUUGCGACCGCUGCGACUACAGAACGAUGACAGGCGUGGGUGUUGGCGUGGGAGUGGGGUGCGCGGCAACGUGUGAGAGGCGGCGACAUGGUUUACCGGACCAGAGUACCCCACUGCUGGCGGGCGUGGGGCCGCUGAGCUCGCCGCAGUCAUCGCUUGCCUCGCUGCAGCACGCGCCGCAUCCGCCGCACCCGCCACACCCGCCGCCCGCACCCUGUGGGUCGGGCACGUGUCCUCUAGGCGCCGCCUGCUCAGUGCCGAGCGGCGUGGGUAGCACCGGCUCUGACGUGUACGCAUGCGCGGCCCGGGAACGUGGCCACUACGUCGCGUACGAGCCCCUGGGACACUACACACACCGAGAUUCAUUAAGCAGCGACGCGGGCGUCGGUGGAGUCGGUGGGGUCGGCGUUGGGGGAGCGGGCCCAGUGGGGGGGCUGGCCGGGGGAGGCGGAGGGGGAGGGGCCGGGUGCGCGGGCGGGUCGCUGCAGCGCAGGGCGGCGUGCGGCGCGCCGCUGCACAGCUUCACGCUGUCCGCGGACGGAUCCGACCAUUCGACACCCUCGCACUCUAAAGCAGGUAGUGUGAGAGAGACGUCGCCGUACAAAAAGAGCGCUAGUUCGUCUCCCGGGCACAUACCUAACAGAUUGCAACUCGGUGGCGGAGUUCCCCACUGUUCCGAGGAGUUGGAGCCCUUGACUCCGUCCAGGUCGACGGAGCGUCUCCAUCGUGAAAUGCAGAACCUCGAGGGUCUAAUGAAGGACCUAUCAGCUAUCACACAACAACAGUUUCACUGCUAG